AUGAAACAAAAUAGAAAAACAAAUUGCUGUUUUAUGUAUUGCUUGUUAAUUUAAAAUGUUUUUGAAUUUGCAUACAAAAUUAUUAAGGUAAUACUAAAUUAAUUGAUUAAACUCAUGUUUUAUUAUUCACUUAAGAUUGUUUUCUUAGGAGAAUUUAAUGAUCAAAAAAGGAUCUAAAUUAAUAUGAUACUUCUACAAUUAAUAGAAUUCAUAAUACAUCUUCCUUAUUCGAAGCGUAAACUAAACAUUUUAGAAAGUAAAGCUUGCUAUCAAUACCUAUAAGUGGCACCUAUAAAGAUUAAGUGCCAAUAAAUUUAGAUCAGAGAGAAUCAGAUAAAGGAUUUUUAUUAAAAAAAGCAAGCGUAAACAAAGGGGCAUUUCACCUGUUUAGAAUCAAAAGGGAAUAAAAAUUUUUUAUAAAAUUGUUUUAAGAAGUUUAGUGGGUAAGUAAAUCUGAUUGCUUGA